GUGUGCUCUCACACACCUCAUGCCUCAUAUGACGUGAAGCAGAGCGCGUUGGUUUAUGGGACGGUGAAACGUGAGUCAUCUAACUUCCACGAGACGGACUGCAAUUUCAAAAAUGGCAGAAAAUCAAGAGCUUUCGCCGCUGGAGAAGAAGGUUGCUGAUCAGAUUGAGUAUUAUUUUGGAGACCACAAUCUUGUCCGAGACAAGUUCCUGAAGGAACAACUUCAGGUAGAUGAUGGAUGGGUUACACUGGAGACUAUGUUGAAAUUUAACAGGUUGAAGAGUUUAACAACAGAGGAGUCCGUCAUUGUGGAAGCUCUGAGGAAAUCCAAAACGGGUCUGUUGGAAGUCAGCGAAGACAAAACCAAAAUCCGCCGCUGCCUCAGCAAGCCCCUCCCAGAGAUGAACGACGAGUAUAAAGAUGCCCUCAAGCACAAGUCUGUCUACAUUAAAGGGUUUCCUUUGGAUACCACCCUGGAUGAAAUCAAGGAAUGGUUAAGUGACAAAGGCACAGUUGAGAAUAUCCACAUGAGGAAAGGACCCUUGAAGGCUUUCAAAGGCUCCAUCUUCAUGGUCAUGGAAACAGAAGAAUCCGCCAAGAAGUUUGUUGCCCGCGACGAUGUCAAGAAGUUCAAAGACAAUGACAUGAUCGUCCUCAUGAAAGAGGACUACUUCAGCAAGAAAUCAGAGGAGAGAAAGCAGGGCCGAGUAGAGGCCAAGGCCAAAGCCAAGACUGACAAGGAAGAGCAGCAGAAACAAGCAGAAGAGGAGGAGCUGAAAUCCCUGGAGGAGCAGAAAGGCUGCCUGCUCCGUUUUAAGGGCGACCUGGGUCAGACGUCUCGGGAGGACUUCCACGAGCUGUUCGCUGGCCACGCCGAGAUCAAGUGGAUUGACUUUGCCAGAGGGGCUAAAGAGGGCACCAUUCUGUUCAGGUCCAAGGCCAAAGAAGCCCUGGAGAAGGCCGAGGCAGCGAAAGGGGGAAAGCUGCAGAUGAAGGAGAAGGAUGUGGAGUGGGAGGUGUUGGAGGGCGACGUGGAGAUGGACACACUGAAGAAGAUCAUCGAAGACCAACAAGAGUCGCUAAACAAACGCAGAAGCCGAGGUGGUCACAGGGGCGGUAGAGGCAGAGGACGAGGCGGCCGCGGCUGGGACCGAGGAGGAAGAAACCAUCAGCCCCAGGGCAAGAAGACCAAAUUCGACAGCGAUGACGAGGAUGGCGGUGACCGCAAGCACACCAGCCCAAAGAAGAGAGCACUGGAGUCCAAUGGGAAAAAGGCUGAAGAACCAGCAGCCAAGCAAGUCAAAAGUGAAAAUGGCUCAUAAAAACAAGAGCGAUGCUCUUUCAGUUCCUUUUUUUGUACUGUACAGUAGACAUUUGCCUUCCUGCAUACAGAGAGAGAUGUGUUCUCGCUAUUCCAAGGAGGGCUUUCAGUACUGUCUAACCCUGUCAACAUCCUCACCAUAACACAUCAGUAGAAAGACCAUAAGAAAAGGCCUUUGCCCCAUAUCCACCUCUGUCAAAAACGUGACUCCACCAAUGCGGACAUUCUUACAGGCUAAAGAAUUUUGAUUGGCUAGAGUACAUCUGUGACAGAGCCAUGAGGUGUUUUUUUUUUUUUUUUUAAAUCUUUAAUGAAAAGCAUCACACCCAACAUACUGCAUCUUUAAAGAAGAAUUUAAAUCUGUAAAGAAGUUCUAUGUCGGUCCACUUUUGUUUUACUUGAUCAGGCACAGUGAGGAAGGUAGAUAUGUUGUCUGUGGUUGCAAGACAGACCUGAAAUUGAUUUGAAUCCUUUCCCUGUACAAAACUUUUUAGACAUGUUAUUGCGCUGGAACUGGUUUCUGUACUCACAAAACAAGUCAAAAGCUUCAGCCUACAUCCUACCGGCAUGUGUGAUGGGAAUUCAUUUUAAGAAAAGAUUGUUUGGCCCCUCAGGUCGUGGGAUAACUGGGGCUUCUCUCAUUUCUGUGGCAUAUUGUCAUCUCAUUAUUUUGAGCACUCUGGCAAUGAAUCCAGGUCCCCUAUUGGAUUUCAAGAUGGUUGAUGAUUCUGUUUCCUUGUGUUUUUCCCAUUUAACUGUUUUGCGUUUUCGUUGUACCUACCUAGAUGCCCACUCCCCUCUGUCCAGGUUCAUGUCCUCAUGACCGUGUGUUUGUUCUUUUUGAAUGGUCUUGGUUGCCAGGCGACAACGAGUAAACUGAUGCCAGGUUGGCCAAGUGGUGAGUGGAAGACUAGAGUGGCACCACUGAGUCCACAGGCUCCCCACUCCCCUUCUGUCUUCCACUCUUGGUCUUGUCGUUUCCUACUUCAACCUCACGGCAAUGUUAGGUUAGCUAUUCCAUACUAAAAGAAAACAGCAAGUGCCAUUUUUAAAUGUUUUUUUCUCUCUAAUAAUGUGUUCAUAUACUUUCGAGGAAUAAUUCCCAUGCAAAGCACUCAUACUUGCUUUCCAGUUUUGACAACAGUUCUUUUUUUAAAUCUUUUUUCCCCUUGUGUGAUUGUGUUCAGCAGAGUGCAUCUUAUGUAUCUUAUUUUGAAUAACAAUAAAAGUGACGUACACCCAUCA